UGCAGAGGUGUGUGAGUGUGUUUGCGAACUCUUUGAGCGCUUCAGCUGGAGCUCAGUUGCUCCCCGUGCGCGCCGUGGACGCCGUGCGCCUUUGUGGAUGGAGCCGAGCGCGCAGCUCCUCUCCGGUCCCGCUGUUGGAGUUUCCUGCAGGAUCUGCUUCGUGUGAGAAGACGCAGCCUGGACUUUACUUUGCCAAAAAUGUACCCCGCAGCCUUUCUUCUGAUGCUGGCCGUCGGGAUCCACGCAGACAGCCUGGAAGGACCAACAGCCGGCUGCAGCUUUGACUCGGACUCGGACCCGGGCCUUUGCGAAUACCGACAGGGUCAGGAGGACGACUUUGACUGGCAGCUCAUCAGAACCUACAACUGGCCACACCCAACCACGGAUCUGCUACAAGGGUCCUUCAUGAUGGUCAACUCCUCGCAGCAUUUUGGGGGUCAGAGGGCACAGCUGCACCUGCUCCCGCUCAGUGAGAACGACACCCACUGCAUCCAGUUCAGCUACUUCCUGUACAGCCGUGACGGACACAGCCCCGGGGCGCUCCACGUCUACGUGCGGGUCAACGGGGGUCCCAAAGGCAGUGCCGUGUGGAACGCCUCCGGCUCUCAGGGCCGCCAGUGGCACCAGGUGGAGCUCGCCGUCAGCACUUUCUGGCCCAGCGAGUACCAGAUCAUCUUUGAGGCGACUGUUUCGGAGGAGCGGGAUGGCUACAUGGCCUUGGACGACAUCAUACUGCUCACUUACCCCUGCUACAAGGUGCCUCAUUUCUCCCGGCUGGGUGAUGUGGAGGUGAACGCCGGGCAGAAUGCUUCAUUUCAGUGUGUCGCCACUGGCAAGGUCUCAGAGACGGAGCCUUUCCUGCUCGAGCGGAGAAGUGGCGUGCUGCUUGACACAUCCUUGCUGUCCCGGCUGAGCCACAAGCGGCUGAUGGCUACUUUCCAGGUGGAGGCUCAGCGAGGGGAGCAGGACCUCUACCGCUGCAUCACCCAGUCCACCAGAGGCGCCGCUGUCUCCAACUUUGGGGAGCUCAUUGUCCGAGUGCCUCCAACACCCAUAGCGCCUCCCCAGCUCCUGCGGGCCGGGCCCACCUACCUGAUCAUCCAGCUCAACACCAACUCCAUUGUGGGCGAUGGACCCGUCAUCCGCAGGGAGAUCCAGUACCGGGCCACACAGUCCAUGUGGACAGAGACGCAUGGCGUGGGAUCGCUCACCUACAAGGUGUGGCACCUGGAGCCCGACACGGAGUACCGCAUCAGUGUCCUGCUCACCCGGCCUGGGGAGGGAGGAACUGGAGCACCCGGACCCCCGCUGAUCAGCAGGACGAAGUGUGCUGAGCCCAUGCGUGCCUUGCGGGGCCUCACUGCCACAGAGAUCCAACCUCGGCAGCUCGCCCUCCAGUGGGAGCCCCUUGGCUACAACCUGACCCGCUGCCACACCUACUCCCUUUCCCUCUGCUACCGCUACUCCAUGCCAACAGGGGGCAGUGGAGGGAACAACGCCACUGUCAGAGAGUGCCUAUCGCUGGAUCGCAACACUUCUCACUUCACCCUGCGGGACCUCCCGCCCUUUCGGGCCGUGCACGUGAGGCUCGCACUGGCCAACCCAGAGGGCAAGAAAGAGAGCAGAGAGGUCACCUUCCAGACCGAGGAGGACAUCCCUGGCGGCAUCGCUCCAGACUCCCUGACCUUCACUCCUCUCGACGACAUGAUCUUCCUUAAGUGGGAGGAGCCUGUGGAGCCCAAUGGUCUUAUCACACAGUACGAGAUCAGCUAUCAGAGCAUCGAGUCGUCUGACCCGAGCAUCAACGUCCCUGGUCCCCGACGCACCGUGUCCAAGCUCCGCAACGAAACCUACCACAUGUUCUCAGGUCUUCAUCCCGGAACCACCUAUCUGGUGUCGGUCCGGGCCCGGACCGCAAAGGGCUUUGGGCAGACGGCGCUAACCGAGAUCACCACCAACAUCUCUGCCCCAGUGUUUGACUACGAGGAUGUGCCCUCUCCGCUGAGCGAGUCGGAGAACACCAUCACUGUGCUCCUGCGGCCCGCUGUCGGGAGAGGGGCUCCUGUCAGUGCCUACCAGGUGGUGGUGGUAGAGGAGGAUGGCUCCCGCCAGGUGAGAAGGAGGGAGCUGGGCACCGUAGACUGCUUCCCCACCCCGAACUCCCACAGCGAGGCCCAGGCUAAGGGAGCCCCCCAUUACUACACGGCAGAGCUGGCCCCCAGCAGCCUGCCAGAGGCCACGCCCUUCACUGUGGGCGACAAUCACACCUACAACGGCUAUUGGAACAGUCCUCUAGACCCCACCAAGAACUACCUCAUCUACUUCCAAGCUGCCAGCAACUUCAGAGGGGAGACCAGAAUAAAUUGCGUUCGGAUUGCACGCAAAGCUGCCUGCAAAGACUCAAAGAGGGCUCUGGAAGUUUCCCAGCAUGCCGAGGACAUGGGUCUGAUCCUGGGGGCUUGUGCUGGAGGCUUGGUGGUCCUGAUCCUGCUGCUGGGAGCCAUCGUAUUCAUCUUGAAGAAAGGAAGGAACUUCUAUUCCUACCCUUACUACCCCAGAAAGAAGGUGGCCAUCAACAAGGCCGCCAUGUCCUACCGGCAGGAGAAAAGCCGGAAGCUGAGCUCGGUGGACUGCAGCAUGACGGAGCAGAGCACCCUGCAGCAGGAUGAGAGGAUGGCCCACUCCUUCAUGGACGCCCACGGCUGCAACGCCCGAAACGAGCAGCGGAGCUCCGUCAACGAGUCCAGCAGUCUACUGGGGGGCUCACCUCAGCGUCAGUGUCGCAGGAAGAGCUCGCCGUACCACACGGGGCAGCUCCACCCCGCCGUGAGGGUGGCUGAUCUCCUCCAGCACAUCAACCAGAUGAAGACGGCUGAGGGUUACGGCUUCAAACAGGAGUAUGAGAGCUUUUUUGAUGGCUGGGAUGUCACAAAAAAGAAAGACAAGACCAAAGGAAGGCACGACAGUCUGCUCAGCCAUGAUCGGCAUCGUGUGAAGCUGCACUCCCUGCUGGCCGACCCCAGCUCAGAUUACGUCAACGCCAACUACAUAGACAUUCGGAUAAACAGGGAAGGUUACCAGCGGUCGAACCACUUCAUUGCCACUCAAGGCCCCAAGCAGGAGAUGAUCUAUGAUUUCUGGCGGAUGGUUUGGCAGGAGAACUGCUUCAGUAUUGUCAUGCUCACCAAGCUGGUGGAAGUGGGCAGGAUGAAAUGCUGCAAAUACUGGCCCGAUGACACUGAGCUGUACGGUGACAUUAAGAUUACACUGCUGAAGACAGAAACUCUGGCAGAGUACACGGUCCGCACCUUUGCCAUGGAGAGGAGAGGUUACCCCGCCAAACACGAGGUGUGUCAGUUUCACUUCACCUCCUGGCCCGAGCAUGGAGUGCCGUAUCACGCCACUGGACUGCUAGCGUUCCUGCGCCGAGUCAAGACCUCCACUCCUCCAGAUGCUGGACCGGUGGUGGUCCACUGCAGCAUGGGUGCAGGUAGGACCGGCUGCUACAUCGUGCUGGAUGUCAUGCUGGAUAUGGCCGAGUGUGAAGGAGUGGUGGAUAUCUACAACUGCGUGAAGACCCUCUGCUCCCGCAGAAUCAACAUGAUCCAGACUGAAGAGCAGUACGUGUUCAUCCAUGAUGCCAUCCUGGAAGCUUGUCUUUGCGGAGAAACUGCCAUCCCAGUCGCUGAGUUUGCUCCCACGUACAAGGAAAUGCUCAAAGUGGACUCGCAGAGCAACACUUCCCAGCUCCGGGAGGAAUUCCAGACGCUGAACUCUGUGACUCCUCACCUGGACGUGGAGGAGUGCAGCAUCUCUCUGAUGCCCAGGAACCGCGAGAAGAACCGCAGCAUGGACGUCCUGCCCCCAGACCGCUCCCUGGCUUUCCUCGUCACCACAGAGGGGGAAAGCAGCAACUACAUCAAUGCAGCGCUUGCCGACAGCUUCCUCCGGCCUGCCGCCUUCGUGGUGACCCCUCACCCCCUGCCUGGCACCACCACUGACUUCUGGAGGCUUGUGUACGACUACGGCUGCACCUCUGUGGUGAUGCUCAACCAGCUCAACCAAUCCAACUCUGCCUGGCCUUGUCUGCAGUAUUGGCCAGAGCCGGGGCUGCAGCAGUUUGGACCCAUGACAGUGGAGCUUCUGUCCCGGACCGCCGACGAUGACGUUAUCAUCCGCCUGUUCCGGAUUCAGAACAUCACCCGGCUCCAUGAAGGACAGCUCCUGGUGCGACACUUCCAGUUCCUGCGCUGGUCUCCGUACCGGGACGUCCCCGACUCCAAGAAGACCUUUCUCAGUCUGCUGGCUCAGGUUCACAACUGGCAGAGGGAGUGCGGGGAGGGGCGCACCGUCGUCCACUGCCUGAACGGCGGCGGCAGGAGUGGGACCUUCUGUGCCUGCACCAUGAUCCUGGAGAUGAUCCGUCACCACAGCGUGGUGGAUGUUUUCUUUGCUGCCAAAACUCUGCGCAACUCCAAGCCGAACAUGGUGGAAACGGUGGAGCAGUACCGAUUCUGCUAUGAGCUGGCCCAGGAGUACCUGAACUGUUUGGAGGUCAGAUAGCACCUGAGCCUUUCUUCUGGCCCCUCCUGAAGGAAAUGGUCCAAGAUCCAUCAACCUGGAUCUUUGAAGUUUCACACAGCUCUGUUGUCUCCUUUGCCAUGCCUGGAUUAUCCGCUCCACCAGACUCUAUUUUCCAUCCACGGGACCCUUUUUUCGCUUUUUCCUCGGCUCUGAUCCGCCCCAACCCCUCUGCGCAGCUUUACAUCGACCCGGAGGGUUGGGACGGGCGGAGCUGAUAUUACAGGGACACCGUCAGGACAGCCUGACCGCCGGGGAUCUGAAGUGCUCCGCCGUGUCCUGCCUUACAUGAACCAACACUGCAGCGGAUUCCUCCUAAAAUUCUGUCUUUGUUUGUAACACUGUAAAUGGUGCAACCUGCUGUUGGUGAACAUCCCAUGUCGUUCUGUACUAAACUUUAACUUAAUUGUGAAAGAGGCAGAGAAAAAGAAAAGUUCAGAUGGACUCAUUUGUACAGUGAACUUGUCUUGGAACUCAUUUCUUUUUAUUUAUUAUUUGUGUACAGAGUUGUCUUUGUUUGUUUUUCUUUUUCUUAGGUGUUUCUGGUUGUUCUUAGAGUCUUCUCAAUGUGCCAUAUUUGGUGUGCGGGUGGGGUGGGGGGGUCGGCGUCUGCAUGCCCGAUCGUCUGUGUUUCAGGUCCAGGAUUCCCCUCUGCCAAUCCUGAGAGCAUCGCCGGCCAAACAUCGCUUUCUACGUUUGUAUUUAUUCAGUGUCUUUUAUUUUCUAAAUAUUGUAUAAAAGAGGCAAAGGAAAUAAAAUACGCUGUUACUUAAAGCCUGA